AAUUCCACAACAAGAACAGCACUGGUGCUUGUCAGCAGCCUCCCUUCUGUGGCUCUUUUUGUGUCUUGUUCUUCAAUUCACUAGGAACAAUACUGAGCUGUUAGCUGUCCUUUCAUGGACAACAUCUAGCAUGACCGGACAGGAUUCACGAUGCAGUGCUAUACUGAGUUGACGCCUCCCACGGCUAUCACCCACUCUCUCGAUAUACCCUUCCUGUCAGCCCAGAGUAACAAUCUCAUUGUUGCAAGGUCAUCUCUCCUCCAGAUCUUCAACACAAAGACCAUUACUGCCGAGAUCGACAACUCCCAGUCCUCGACCCUCCACUCGACCAAGGCAACUGCACAAUACGACAGCCGGAUCAACGACGACGAUGGACUCGAGUCCUCCUUCCUGGGUGGCGACGCAGCCUUCCAGAAAUCCGACCGCACGAACAAUACGAAGCUCGUUCUCGUCACCGAGAUUAGCCUCUCGGGAACGGUGACGGGGCUGGCGAGGAUCAAGACACAGAACACGCUGUCUGGCGGCGAAGCUCUGCUGGUCCAGUUUAAAGACGCAAAGUUGAGUCUGCUGGAGUGGGACCCCGCGCGAUACACCGUGACAACCAUAUCAAUCCACUAUUAUGAGCAAGAGGAACACCAGGGCAGCCCUUGGGCUCCUGCGCUGAAUGACUGUGUCAACUUCCUCGUCGCAGACCCUGGGAGCAGAUGCGCCGCCCUCAAAUUUGGCUCCAGGAACUUGGCCAUCUUGCCCUUCAAGCAGGCCGACGAGGAAGACAUUGCAAUGGAUGAUUGGGAUCCAGAUCUAGAUGGGCCCAAACCUGCCAAGCAGGAAAAUACAUCCUCAGCCGUUGUAAAUGGAACUAGCAACAUAGAAGACACACCAUAUUCACCAUCAUUUGUCCUUCGACUUUCCAUACUCGAUCCCAACCUCAUCUAUCCUGUUGACCUCGCGUUUCUCUACGAGUAUAGAGAGCCCACAUUCGGCAUUCUAUCCUCCAAGCUGGGGCCGUCUGCUGCGAUAGGUCGAAAAGACCACCUGUUCUUCAUGGUGUUUACGCUAGACCUACAACAGAAAGCUUCCACUACUAUUCUUUCUGUCGGCGGUCUUCCCCAUGACUUGUUCAAGGUCAUCGCGCUGCCUGCACCUGUUGGUGGUGCUCUGCUUGUUGGCGCCAACGAGCUAAUCCACAUCGAUCAGUCGGGUGCCUCUAACGGAGUGGCAGUAAAUCCCUUCACCAAGCAAUGCACGGACUUCAGUCUCACAGACCAGUCUGAUCUUGGCCUCCGCCUGGAGGGCUGUACUCUCAACUUCCUCUCGCCAGAGAAUGGCCAAAUGCUGAUCGUUCUGUCUGACGGCCGUCUUGCAACCCUGGACUUUCUCAUUGACGGGCGUAGAGUUUCCGGCCUCACCAUCAAGCUUGUGGCUCCUGCGUCCGGGGGAAAUAUCAUUUCAGGCAGGAUAUCAUCACUCAGUCGUCUAGGCAGGAACACCCUGUUCGCAGGGAGUGAGAGCGGGGACUCAGUCGUUUUCGGCUGGAUACGCAAGAACAGCCAGACGUCAAAGAAGAAGUCUCAUAUGCAAGAGUCUCUUGACUUCGAGGACUUCGAUGAGGAUGAUGUGGAAGAUGAGGAUGACCUCUAUGCAGAUACGACCACAGCCACGCAAGCAAGUAGUGGUGCCGCAGCCGCGAAAGCAGGAGAGCUGGUGUUUCGGAUCCACGACACGCUCACGAAUAUUGCGCCGAUACAAGACAUUACGUACGGGAAACCGCCUGCAGAAGCCGACGUGAAGGUACAGCAGAACUUGCUUGGCGUGCAGAGUGACUUGCAACUUGUGGCUGCCGUGGGUGUUGGGAAAGCUGGCUCUCUUGCAAUUAUGAACCGUGAGAUACAACCCAAGGUUAUUGGCCGCUUCGACUUUCCCGAAGCUCGGGGUCUAUGGACCAUGAAUGUUCAGAAACCUAUGCCAAAGGUCCUGCAAGAGGGGAAGGGGAGCCAGGCUAUGGGUGAUGAUUACGACUUGUCUGCGCAGUACGACAAGUUUAUGAUCGUUGCGAAGAUCGACCUAGAUAAUUACGAGACAUCUGAUGUCUACGCGUUGACAUCAGCUGGCUUCGAAUCUUUGACGGGAACAGAAUUCGAGCCUGCAGCAGGCUUCACGGUAGAAGCAGGGACGAUGGCAAACCAUCGCCGGGUGAUCCAGGUGUUGAAGUCGGAGGUCCGCGUUUACGAUGGAGAUCUUGGUUUGGAUAUGAUCCUUCCCAUGCAAGACGAGGAAACUGGUGCCGAGCCACGAGUUUUGAGCGCCAGUAUCUGCGACCCCUACCUCCUACUCAUCAGAGAUGACUCGAGUGCAUUUGUCGCUCAAAUGAACUCAGACGAUGAGCUAGAGGAGGUCGACAAGACCGACAGCGGGUUAACGUCCACAAAGUGGGUAUCGGGCUGCUUAUACGCUGAUACGACUGGGGCUUUCGGCGCGGCACAGGGAGAGACAGGCUCACGCAAUACUUUCAUGUUCUUGCUCAGCAACACUGGUGCACUCCAGGUUUAUGCCCUUCCAGACCUGUCCAAGCCGGUAUACACGGCUGCGGGACUGAGUCACAUCCCCCCCAUUCUCACGCCUGAGUGGGUUGCCAGACGUGGCACUUCCAAGGAAUCUAUCAGCGAGAUUCUUGUGACAGAUCUUGGGGAUAUAGUCGCAAAAUCGCCACAUCUAAUUCUGCGGCAUGCCAAUGAUGAUUUGACUAUCUAUGAGCCCCAUACAAACCCGAACGCCACCUCAAAAAAUCUUAUGUCCUCACUAUUCUUCCGUAAACUACCUAAUAAUGCGUUCGCCAAGUCUAUUGAAGAGCCAGCAGAAGAUGACGACACGGCUGAUGAGGUCCGAACAAUGCCACUGCGCGCCUGCGUCAACAUUGCUGGGUACAGUUCUGUUUUCCUUCCAGGACCAACACCAAGCUUCAUCAUCAAGUCAGCCAGGUCCACGCCAAAGGUAAUCGGGCUCCAAGGGGCUGGCGUCAGAACCCUGAGCUCAUUCCAUACUGAAGGCUGCGAGCGAGGCUUCAUAUAUGCGGAUGCCGAAGGCAUAGCUCGUGUCACGCAGCUACCAGCAGAGUGCAGCUACUCAAUCGGCAUGUCCCUCAGGAAGGUCCCGCUGGAUGUGGACGUUAAUUCUGUGGCAUAUCAUUCCGCCGCUGCAGUGUACACCAUAGGCUGCAACAUCGAAGAGGAGUUUGAACUUCCCAAAGAUGAGGACAGUAAUCCACAGCAGGCACCCUUCUGGACGAAAGAGAAGAUCACCUUCAAACCGGUAUCGGAGCGCGGUAUUUUGAAGCUCGUCAGCCCACAAAACUGGAGCGUCAUUGACAGUGUUGACAUGGAGGCAUGCGAGAUCAUCCUAUGUAUCAAGAGCCUCAACCUUGAGGUCUCCGAGUCUACGCACGAGCGUCGCGAGCUGAUUGUCGUCGGUACUGCUAUCUCAAGGGGCGAGGACCUCCCCAUUCGGGGUCGCAUCCAUGUCUACGACCUGGCGACCGUCAUUCCUGAGCCCGGCCGGCCGGAGACGAACAAGAAGUUCAAGCUUGUAGCCAAGGAAGACAUACCAAGAGGUGGUGUCACAGCAAUCUCGGGUGUCGGCACACAAGGCUUUGUGCUCGUUGCUCACGGUCAAAAAUGCACAGUCCGCGGUCUUAAGGAGGAUGGAACUUUAUUGCCUGUCGCUUUUAUGGAUAUGUCCAACUACGUCACAAGCGUCAAAGAAGUUCCCGGCACAGGUCUGUGCGUCAUGUCGGACGCCUUCAAGGGCGUGUGGUUUACUGGCUAUACCGAGGAGCCAUACAAAAUGUUGCUAUUUGGGAAGAGCAACACCAGGUUAGAGGUGCUGAAUGUUGACUUCCUGCCUGAUGGCAAGGAGCUCUUCAUUGUGGCAGCCGAUGCGGACGGGAACAUGCAUGUGCUCCAGUUCGACCCAGAACAUCCCAAAUCUCUUCAAGGCCAUCUGCUCUUGCACCGUACUACCUUCAACACUGGUGCGAACCUCCCCACAAAGUCAAUGAUGCUUCCGCGCGUCCCCCUGCCGCCCUUGCGUGGGCAAGAGAACGGCGCAGACCUCAAGAACGGUGAUGCAAAAUCACAACCCGGAUCACUGCCAACACAGAUCCUCCUCUUUGCCUCGCCCACUGGCUCUCUCGCGGCUCUCAAUCCGCUGUCUGAGGCGUCAUACCGACGCCUCUCAUCCCUGACAUCGCAGCUCAUCAACACCCUACCUCAACCGGCGGGUCUCAACCCGAAGGCUUACCGUAUGCCGCCAUCAGCGACGCAGACGACCGCCAAGAUGGGACCCGGAAUCGAUUCUGGUGUCGGCACGAACAUUGUAGACGGCGCGAUACUUGCCAGGUGGAAUGAGCUGGCCAGUGGUAGACGGGGAGAGAUUGCUGGGCGGGCUGGAUACUCCGAAACAGAGGAAGUCAGAGCGGAGCUAGAAGGGCUGCUCGGUUGGGGAGGACUGAGCUAUUUCUAGAGGGUGAGCGAGCGGUGCGGUGCAUGCAAAGAUGCAUUAUGGUCUUCUGGGUCUGUUGGUCAUAGGAGCCUCGACAAGGUCAGGACAGGAGGCUUUCGAGGAUGUAAAAAAAGAACGCAUCAGUAGACGAGCGAAAGGCUUGGCCGUUCAGUGGGUGAUGAGUCUUUACCUCAAAAAUUUCUGUAUAUCUAAGUAGAUACCAAUUAAGUCAUCAGGCAUGCCGGGCUUGUUUCUCGUCGCAUACCUCCACC